GCCCACGGCGCGGAGAUGGCAGCCUUCUCCUACAAAUGUCGCCCGCGCCCGCACCAGUUUCUCCGUCUGCUUCCACCUCUCCUUCCCCUGCGCCGAAUGUUCCGAGUGCCCCCCGCCAGCAACAAACUGCUGUUUGCGCGACUCCCCCGCUGACUUCAUCCGCCUACAACCGCGGCUCUCGCCGACGUCAGUCCCCGCAACCCACCUCCAUCAACUCAACUGGCUGCCUAGCGGGCUUCUCCCCGGUAGCGCCUCUAUUCCAUCUUCACCAAAUAACCCCCCAAGAGACUUUCACCGUCUGCCGGGCCGACCCCCACGUCGCCUUAUAUAAAGGCCUCCUCCGUACGCUCGCUCGCAUUAGGCACCGGCUGCACCGCAUUUCCCUCCACAACCGCCGCCAUGGGCUCAGCAACCCACGACAUCCUCUCCAACGGCGACGACCGACAACCUGUCUUCAACGUUGGCCUGGACAGCGCGGAGACAAUGUCGCUCGAAACCUACACAUUUCCUAGCGAGAGAUUGAAGAAGGUGCUUUCCGACCCCAGCAAGACACCGCUUGUUCUCGUCUCAUGCGGCUCGUUUUCUCCGCCGACGAACCUCCACCUUCGCAUGUUCGAGGAGGCCGCCGACUACUGCGAAUUCGAGACAAACUAUGAGGUGGUCGGUGGUUUUUUCAGCCCUGUCGGAGACGCCUAUAAGAAGGCCGGGCUGGCGCCAGCACAUCACAGGAUAAAGAUGACGAGGAUCGCGGUGCAGGACAGCUCGACUUGGAUCGGCGUCGACCCGUGGGAGCCGCUGCACAAGGAGUAUCUACCGACCGUCAAGGUCCUAGAUCACUUUCAGUACGAGUUGAACGAUGUCAUGGGCGGGAUUGAGACACCUUCCGGAGAGAAGAAGCGGAUUCACGUUGCGCUGCUUGCGGGUGCGGACUUGAUCCAGACCAUGAGCACUCCCGGCCUGUGGGCUGCCGAAGAUCUAAAUCGGAUCCUUGGACACUACGGCGCCUUCAUCCUCGAGCGCAGCGGUACCGAUAUCGACGACGCACUCCUCACCCUCCAGCAAUACAAAGAUAACAUUCGUGUUAUCCCACAGCUGAUUCAGAACGACGUCUCUUCAACCAAGAUUCGUCUGUUUCGAAAGCGGGGCAAGAGCAUUCGCUACUACAUCCCGGACAAGGUCGUCGACUAUAUCUACGAGCAUGACCUGUACCUGGACGACGACAAGAAGCAGUCAGAGAAGGGGAAAGAGAAGGCACCCAGCGAGCCUUCAGGCUCUUCAGUAGUGACAGCAGCAUCAUGAGGCACGGGCAUGCAUGGUUCGUCCUGAUGGAUUUGUCCCUCAUACAUCAACAGCUAGCUCACCGACAUUGGAGUCGAGCACCUCAUCUCCCGCUCACUACUUGCAACGCGCAACGCUGGGAUCACGGACUAUCUACGUCUCUUGGAACUACUCACUUUUGGGCGGCACAUUGGAUUGAUUUAGGGUCGGUCACGGGGACAACCAACCCGGAGAUGCCUGACGGUAGAGGCGGGUCCGCACGCCUUCGCGGGUAAGGUCGGACCGAGGCGGUUAGACGGUUUGCA